AAGCAACUAAAAUCUAAAACAGAGAGCAAGGAAGAAGAGAGAGAAAGGAGAAAGUUUAGAGAGAGAGAGAGAGAGAUGGGAUCAUUGGCAACAGAGAAUCAAACAAUAAAAGUUGCAGCCAUUAAUGGUUCUCUUCGUGAGAGUUCCUUCAAUGGAGGCCUCAUUCGUUCUGCAAUUGAGAUUGCUAAGGAAUCGAUACCGGGCAUGGAAAUCGAAUACGUAGACAUCUCAACAUUGCCGCUCAUGAACAUUGAUCUUGGUGUUCGUGAACAAGCUCCACCGGCCGUCAAAGCAUUCGGUGAAACCAUUCUCAAAGCCGAUUGCAUACUCUUCGCUUCUCCAGAGUACAACUACUCUGUCUCUGCGCCUCUGAAGAAUGCACUAGACUGGGUGUCAAUUCCGCCGGUCAAUGUUUGGGCUGGUAAGCCUGCUGCCAUUGUUAGUGCUUCGGGAGGUUCUGGUGGCGCUCGAGCACAAUAUCAUCUUCGCCAAAUUGGGGUUUACCUUGAUCUUCAUUUCAUCAACAAACCCGAGUUUUUCUUAAAUGCUUUCCAGCCUCCACAAAAGUUCGACGGCAAUGGGGAUUUGAUCGACGCAGAGGCCAAGGAAAGGUUGAAGGAUGUUCUCGUUGCCUUGCGCGAGUUUACCUUGCGACUCGAGAAAUGAAGUGAUUGAUUAAACAAUGUGUGUGACUCUCAAUACACUUAUUCUAUAUGGUUUUCAUUGUACUAUUUUGUUUCUUCUAAUAAGAGGUUUUCUAUGUUUAAAUGUUUGAUUUGGAUACAAAUAAUUGUUGUAUUAUCUCA